AUGUCCUCAGCAACAACUGCCCCGCCGUCGAGUGUGAACUUUCCCGGCUCUGAAGCAGGAAUCAGGCCGAUUCAGUCGCCACACAGGUCUACAUAUCUUCCAUUCCGGAGGAUAUCUCUCCCGAGUGCACCUUCGUUGGUGCACCGACAGUCUGUCGUGAGCGUUGCGUCAUUUGACUCCCUCCCUGAAGAUGAGGCAUCGCCAAGUCUCAUGAGAAACGUUAACGGCAGUAGGGGACUCAGUGGGCGACCUACAUCUGUCGAGUCACCGAGACGAAGAGUCAGACGUCGUGAUUCAAGUGUGAAGCCUGUCGAUAACUCUCGCAGCGCGAAGCGACAAAAGGUCGUUGAAGAAUUCCACGCGACAGAGAAAGCUUACGUUGAUGGGUUGGAACUAAUAUAUUCGCACUUCCUCACACCAAUUAUCGCAUCUCUUGAUACCCCGGAACCUCUGCUAAAUCGUUCAGCACUCACAUCCAUCUUUUCAAAUUUCAUAGACAUAUGGAAUCUUCAUCGCUCUUUUCUCUCUGCAUUGACCACUCUGUUGUCUGAUUCUACUGCAUCGAACUCCUUCCAAGAUACCCCACCACUUUCUCCCAUCCUUCUUUCACAUUUUCCUUACUUGUCCCUGUAUACCCCCUUUGUGACCGCAUUUCCAUCCACGAUUUCUGCCCUGAAUGAACUUAUCACGCCACCCACGACAACUCACCCGAACCCACAUUACAACCAAACAUUUGCAACAUUCCUCCAGUCACAGGAAGCAGACCCUCGUUGCGGGAAACUGAAGCUGCGCGACUGGCUUUUGUCCAUUGUGCAACGCUGUCCACGCUACCUACUUCUCUUGAAGGAUCUGAUCAACUGCACAGAUCGAGACGACCCCGAACAUGGCCGCCUUGUAAUCGUCCAUAGUCUCGUGUCAAAAAUAACCCUCUCAUUGAAUACAUCCCUGCAUACUCAUGCACAGACUCUCGCCCUCCUUGCAUUGCAGCGUGCCACUCCAAAUCUUCCAUUCCAGCUCAUUACCCCUGGACGCACCCUCCUUAAGCGUGGCCCCCUCCUCCAAAUGGAGCGGAGUGAAUCACCUAAGGAGCGUGAAUUUCUCCUGUUCUCUGAUUGCAUUGUGUGGUUGGCGCCCGCGGACGCCUCAGAUACCUCAUGGGACUGGAGUAAGACGAGUGCGCCUGCCAUGGCUAGGACUAGGAGUAAGAGUGAGGCAGAGCUUCCGACAUUUAAUCCGUCAUCAGCGGACGUGUCCUCUUCAAAACCGGUCACACCCAGCAAACCUCAACGCAAGUCAUUCCAGCCACCACUCCAUAGCCCCAUAAAACGUAACACAAGCGCGGAAGAGCGGUGGGUGUAUAAAGGACGUGCGGAGCUCGUGGAUUUAGAGGUGAUCAUUAGCCCUGACGAGUUGGGGAGACUCGACCUUCUUGGCCCUGAAGGGAGUUUCGUUCUAUAUGCUGGCACCGAUGAGGAACGAGACGAUUGGGGCUCUGAAAUUCGGCAAGCUAAAGCCCAGUUGCUCGUGUCGUUGAACAUCACCAACCCAAACUCGACGCUCACUUCAUCGACUUCCACAAAUCAUGUUCGCCGUUCAUUACAAGCUCUCCCCUUUCCACUGACCGACGACCGACUUGGAACUGUGCGUGCAAGUGGCGACAGCAGUCAAAAGGGGAAGAAGGCCAAGGACAACAAGAAGGAGCGACGGGGCAGGGUGGAGCAUUGGGUUCCAGCAAUCUGGAUUCCAGAUGGCAAAACGGAAGGGUGCAUGCGCUGCGGAAAGAUGUUUGGAUGGCGGAGACGGAGGCAUCACUGUCGACUUUGCGGACGAUGCGUCUGUGCUGCUUGUUCAGGAAGGACAUUCUUCAUCUCAGACUCGAACUCUAAAAACGAAUUGAGUAAACCCGCACGUGCUUGUGACGCGUGCUACGAUACCGUUUUCCCCCUUCUCGACCCACCCUCUCCAGAAAAACGCUCUUCAAAUCUGCCUGAAAAUUCAACAGACACAAUUACCUCUUUAUCGAGCCUCCCGUCAUGGGUAUCCAUGCCCGCACUCCCUGUGGACAAGCAACCACAGGCACUGAUGGCAUUGGACCUCACACCCAGCCGCGAUGCCUCAUUCGAUGGUGACGCCACUGCGGAUGAUCGAGAGAAGAAAGGGAGACUCCGGUUACGACCGCACCAGAGACUGAGGAGUUAUCAUCAGAUUUUAGAAGAUUUUGAGGAGCAGGCGAGGCUGCAGGGCGAGAAAGGAGAGGAGGAGGACAAUGAGGAAGGCAACCAUGAGGAGGAGGGUGAAGAAGCUUGGUUUACCCCUACGCCUUCCUUGGCUUCUUCCCCAGCCUCUUCGCCGCGCAAGGCGAGACGAGAGGACACGGCCAGAAGGAGCAAACGAUUCUCCCUUCCUGCCAUUGCAUUGCAGAACACCAGCGUUACAGCACGUACGACGAUUGAUGCUGGGGAUGCAGGGGACACCAGUGUUACGGCUUCUCCUACGAAGGAGGCUGCGGGGACACCUGGCAGGUCGAGGAGGUUCUCACUGAUGCUCUCCGGGAGGCGUGAAAGUGGGAGUGGGCUGGGGCAAGGCCAGGGCGAGUUUGAAAGUUUGAGCGACUUCAGGUUGUCGAAGGGUGUUGCGGCAAACAAACUCAGUGAGCUCCUGAGUCGGAAUUCGAGGGUAAAGGCAUAA